AUGCUAGAAAGUCUAAAGAGUAAAGUUGAGGAAGGAGAAUUAGAUUAUGAUGAGAUUCCAAAAUUACAAACUAUUCAAGGGUGGAUCUUUCGUUAUUCAACACAACAUCGUCAAAAAAUGGCGGAAAAGUCAGUUGAUAUGUUAGGAGCAACGAAAGACGUGGAAAGAUUUAGUACAGAACAACUUAUUAAUUUUUUACGAACAAAGAAUUUAUACCUCAACAACAAUGACUAUGGAAAAAUUCGUGAUGAGAGGGUCACCGGUUUUGAUUUCCUUCAAUUAACUAGAGAAAUACUUCGUGCUGAACCUUAUAGAUUCCCUGAUGGACCAGCAAGAAGGAUCGCAUUAUUAGUUAAUAGUUUGAAAAGCCACAGGCUUCUUAGUCAAGAACAAGCGUUAUCAUGUAUUCCGUUACCUAUUGGGUAUCAUCCAGAUGUUAUUACUUCACAGAAUACUACAACGAAGAUUCUUCUUUGGGAUGAUCUUUUCGAGAAAAUUAAUAAGUUUCACUUUGAUAAUGAACCGAAAUUUGAAAGACCACAAUUUACCAACUUCCCGUCUUGUAUUAACGAAGAGGAUAUUCGCAUUCCUAUCGCUGGUAUACCGGAAUUUGUUACCAUGUUUGCUUCAUUUGAAUUUAUCGCACCAAUCGAGAUCAAGAGGGAACACGUUUUUCAAUUGUUGUUACAAUCGAAUGAUGAACAAACAUUCUGGAUUUUGAUGAAACAAACGAACGUUAUGAAAUGA